ACAUGAAAUGCUUGCUCUUUACAUAUUGUGUCGACGUCAAAGUUUAGUAGCACUUCAAGUAACUACAAUGAGUUAUCGAGGUGAGGGUAGACAGAACUCCUGGAAAAGACCUCGAGGAGGUGGUGGCUGGGGACGUGGUCGCAGAUUUAGCAACAACAAUGGAGAAGGGCAGGAUGGUGAUGGUGAUGGUGGAAGAUGGCAUAGAGGAGGAGGCAGACGAGGGGGAGGUAGACGAGGCAGAGGGGAGUAUGAAGAUAGUGGGGGAGGACGUGGUGGCAGAGAGCGACCACCACCAGGGUUAUCUGGAAGGGAAAUUGGAAUGUGGUAUGCCAAGCGAAGUAUGGCAAAGAAGGAGAAAGAAACGACUGCUGUGGUAAACCUAGAAGGUAAUAUGGAACGUAAGAUCCGUAACCUUCUUGAUGAUAUCAACACCGCAGACAAUAUCCAGCCACAGCCAUCAAGAUCUGGUGCCUCUCUGGAUGAGGAUAUCAGUGUACCAGCUGGGCGGCCAUCUACAUCUUAUGACGGAGGUCACAGUCAGCACACUUUCAAACGACCGAACACUGCAUCAGGGUUUUCUCAGAGUCACAGAUCAACAGGUGCUUGUUUUGACAGUGACAGAGGUCAAGGUUCACAGAAACAUUCUGGGGUAAAAGUUACAUCAGGCAGAGAUGGGCACAGAACUGUUUCUUAUGAUGCAUGGAAUGAUACUGAUACAGACCAAAUGGAGACUUCUGCCUCAGGAUAUAGCUCUUCAGGGGAGGAAAUGGGUGACGAGGAUCAGUUACUGGAGUCAGAUAUGGAGGAUUAUGAUGAAGUGAAUGAGAUGCCAAUAUAUGAGUCUGUCACACAGUGCAGUGUGGAGGAGAAGGCCUAUAUCUUUGGUGGUGAAAGAAGUGGUGACCCACAAGUACAUGCAGGAAUACCCAGCAACCCAAGUUUAGAUGCAUUUUUAUCCAAGGAAGCAGAGCACAGGCAGACAGACAAAAACUUUAUCAAGAUGAUGGACUUCAGAAAAAAACUGCCUUCUUAUGACAAGAGACAGGAAAUGUUAAAAGCAUUGAAAUCUCACCAGUGCCUGGUAAUCAAAGGAGAGACGGGCUGUGGAAAGACUACACAGGUGCCUCAGUAUAUUUUGGAUGACUUUAUAUCCCAGGGGAAGGGAUCACAGUGUAAAGUCAUAUGUACACAACCUAGAAGGAUAAGUGCUGUGUCAGUCGCAGAACGAGUGGCGGACGAGCGAGGACAGAAUGUGGGAUGUGACGGCGAUAUAGGAUACUCUAUCAGGCUGGAGAGAAAAUUACCUCGGAGUAGUGGGUCUGUUCUAUACUGUACCACUGGUAUACUGUUGAAAUACUUGGAGUUUGACCCGUACUUGAGACAAGCCAGCCAUAUUGUUGUGGAUGAGAUUCAUGAGAGAGAUCUGUUGUCAGACUUCCUCCUCAUCAUCCUGAAAGACCUUCUCCCCAAACGACCUGAACUCAAGGUCAUUCUGAUGAGUGCGACCUUGAAUGCUGAGCAGUUCUCAAAUUAUUUCCAUGACUGCCCUAUGCUGGAUAUUCCUGGAUUUACAUAUCCUGUCACAGAGUACUGGCUAGAAGAUGCUAUAGAAAUGACGAGCUACGAACCUAAGGAAGGAAGCCGGAAAAAGCGGCCUUCACAUUUUAACCGUAAAAAGGCUGAAGAGCAACAACGUGAAUCAGAGGAAAUGUCAUCUUGGGUUAAAACACUUGACACAGCAAAGUACUCUCGUGCAACUCAGAGGGCUUUAGUAAACAUGGAAAUGGAAGAUGUGGACAUCGAACUCAUUCACCAAGUCAUUCAUCACAUCUGCUUUAAAAUGGAUGGUGACGGGGCUAUUUUAGUAUUUGUGCCUGGUAUGACAGAAAUAAAAAAUCUGAACACAAGUCUUGUCAGUACUCCAGCUUUCAACAACAGUAACUUUCGGAUUAUUCCUCUUCAUUCCCUGAUGCCUACUGUAAACCAGAGAGAGGUGUUUGAGAGACCUCCACCAGGAGUGAGGAAGAUCAUUAUAGCAACCAACAUAGCAGAGACAAGCAUCACUAUAGACGAUGUGGUAUUUGUGGUGGACUCCGGGAAAAUAAAGAUCAGUGGCUACCAACCUGAGAAUAAUCUCGCCACGCUGUCAACCGAAUGGGUAUCCAAGGCCAACGCACGACAAAGGCGUGGUAGAGCUGGGCGUGUCCAGGAGGGUGUGUGCUUCCAUCUGUACUCAAGUCUCAAAGAGGAACUCCUGGAUGACUAUCAACUUCCCGAUAUUCUACGCACACCUCUGGAAGAACUAUGCUUACAAAUAAAGCUUCUAAAACUGGGAAAGAUUGAGUCAUUUAUUAGCAAAGCCAUGCAGCAGCCAUCGCCAGAGGCAGUACACACAGCCCUGACAACACUGCAAGACCUGAAAGCUCUAGAUGAGGAAGAGAACCUCCUCCCCCUUGGUCAUCAUCUGGCACGCAUGCGUGUUGACCCCAAGUCUGGUAAGAUGAUUCUUUUUGGAGCCAUGUUUGGAUGUCUUGAUCCUAUCUGCACUAUUGCAGCCAGCCUGGGAUUUAGAAAUGCCUUCAUCAUUCCUAUGGGAAAGGAAGCUGAAGCUGACCAUGUCAAGUUUAUGUUGUCAGAAGGAAGUCAAAGUGACCAUAUCAUGCUUGCUAAAGCUUUCAAGGGCUGGGAAAGAGCUAAGAAACAAGGGUCAGCUUCAAAGUAUUGCUGGGACCAUUUCUUGUCCUCUAGUGUUCUAAAGCAACUAGAUGGAAUGAAAAAACAGUUUGCUGAAUUGCUAUAUGACCGGAAGUUCAUCAGAACUCGAAAUUCCACUGAUCCCUCGGUCAACAUUAAUUCUGAUAAUGAAAACUUAAUAAAAGCCAUUACAUGUGCUGGUUUGUACCCAAAUGUGGCCAAGUUAGCCAGCAACUUUGCCAGGAAACCCAUCCCACAACAUAAGCCAGUGAAGUUCCACCUUAAAGGUGACAGAGGGAAAGUAUAUCUACACCCAGGAUCUGUAAACAACAAGAACAAAGAUUUCAACUCAGCCUGGUUCAUUUAUCACAAGAAGAUGAAAACUGCUCAAGUUAAUCUCUUCGACACAAGUCUAGUCUCUCCCUACCCUCUCCUCUUUUUCGGGGGUGAGAUAGGAACAUCGGAGGGUAACAUUGAUGGUGAAGUAAGAACAAAGGUUACCGUUGACAACUGGAUAUCAUUUUGGGCCAAUCAGUCAACAGCUCAGAUGGUUAAGGAUCUACGGCAGCAACUGGACAGAAUAUUGGAAGAAAAGAUCAAACAGCCAGGAGUAACCAACUGGUCUAAAAAUAGUAGAGAGGGUGCAGUAAUGUGUGCCAUUAUAGAACUUAUUACAACAGAAGAGGUGGUGAAUUAUAGUGCCCACAAAGACCAACAGCGUCGGAGCCAACAGUACCAGGAACAAAGAAGUUAUCACAAUAGAUGAUGUAUAUCACUUUGUAGGCAUCAGAAAUCAUCAUGAUUAGAGUAUAGGUGGUCAGUGCUGAGGAACCAAUCACAUGCAGAUUAUCUACAAAUGUUGUUUUAGGAGUUAAAAAUGAUUCUUGGUCAUUCCCUGGUAAUAGAAUCAAAACAAUUUCCAUGAACAAGAAUUAUCACUGAGUUCCACUGUAAACAUGGAUGUUUGUCCUCGAACCAGAUUACAUAGCGUACUUUGGAGCCUUGUUAACAAUCACUUGACCUUGACUCUAGUAUCCUUGUAUUCAGGUGUUGGAUCCAGUGCUGUGUGUACAUCACACCAAGUCAUUAUCAGUCUUUAGACGAGGUACAAAAGGAGACACUUUACAACAGAACAAUGGAGCGGUUUACAUUCAGGCUGGUACUGGUUAUUCUCUUGAAGUUGCAGACUGAAUUAUCAUGUCUGCUUUUCAGUGUGUUCAGUCAGGUAUGAUAAUGAAGUUCUCCUUUAAUAAGUCUAGUUGUCAUCACAUAACCCCUGACUCCAUGUAGGUAAUGUUUGUAAUGUUAGCCCGCACCUAUUGCUUGAAAAUAUGGAUUUU